AUAAUGAUAUGCUUGGUGUGUAUACGAGUCUCCUACGGCCGGCAGCGGGGUCGAGGAAGCCAGUCAGCCAACAGCUUCAGGUACAGCUGCAAGAUAUUCUUUGGUUACCAUAAUGGGAGACCAACCAAAAUUUAAGUUGUUACCAAAGAUCUUAAAUGGAGGAAUUGCUGGUAUAGUGGGAGUGACCUGUGUAUUUCCGCUUGAUUUGGUAAAGACACGGCUUCAGAAUCAACAAAUUGGUCCAAAUGGCGAACGCAUGUAUAAUUCAAUGUUUGAUUGCUUCAAAAAAACUUACCGUGUAGAAGGAUACUUUGGUAUGUACCGAGGCUCUGGUGUCAACAUUCUGCUAAUCACCCCAGAAAAGGCUAUUAAGCUUACAGCAAAUGACUACUUCCGUCACCAUUUAACUACAAAAGAUGGUAAGCUUCCUAUUCACCGAGAGAUGACAGCUGGUGGACUGGCAGGUUUGUGCCAAAUUGUGGUAACUACACCAAUGGAACUUUUGAAGAUUCAACUUCAAGAUGCUGGUCGAGUUGCAGCUCAAGCAAUGGCCAGUGGGCAAACGGCAAGUGUUCCCAAAAUUUCUGCAACAUCGAUCACCUUAAAGCUGCUUCGUGAGAAGGGCAUAUUGGGCUUGUAUCGAGGAACAACAGCCACUAUGUUACGUGAUGUCUCAUUUUCUGUAGUAUAUUUCCCACUUUUUGCCCACCUCAACUCCUUAGGACCACGCAAGUCUGAUGGUUCAGGAGAAGCAGUCUUCUGGUGCUCAUUUCUGGCUGGUUGUGCAUCAGGAUCACUGGCAGCAUUAGCAGUUAACCCAUUUGAUGUGGUUAAAACAAGAUUACAGUUACUGUCUAAAGGUGCUCAUGAAACACAGUAUACUGGUAUACUUAAUGCUAUUGCAACUAUUAUGAAGGAUGAAGGACCUAGAGCAUUUUUCAAGGGUGGAGCAUGCAGAAUGAUUGUAAUUGCUCCUCUCUUCGGGAUAGCACAGAUGGUCUAUUACUUUGGAGUUGGGGAAGCCAUUCUUGGAUAUAACAAGUGAACAUAGCAUAAGGUAAAUGGAUGGUCCUCGAGGAAAAGUCAAUAGGUUGGGCUUGGUCAGUGAAGCAUAUCAUUAGUGAAGUGGAUACAUUGAUCUCCUGCAUACCGAUUCCUUGCCAUGGUGAGUUGAGUAUCGCAUACUGGUUUAAAGUAACAACAAGCUUGUUUACAGUCUUCUCAGUUAAUAGUAUCUCUGCUCACACAGCACUUGUUGUUUCCUGUGUGUGUACCUUUGUUAAAUCAUACUUCCCAAAUUUUAUUUUCCCAGUUUUUUAUGCUAAGUAAAAUAACUUGUGCUUAUUCCAUAAACUUGCUUCUUAGUGCAGAAUGUGUUUCUACUUGCAUAGUUUAACUACUAAAUUCUCACAAAGAAAUUGUUACAUUUCAAAUGUUAGAAUAAUUUUCAGCAUUUAAAAAUGUAUGAAGUCAUUAUUUAAAUUUUGUGUUAGUGGUUGAAGCUGGUAUAGAAGAAAGGCAGGUUUUAAAGGUUUUAAAUUUUUUAAGGCAAGAGAUAAAGUGGAGUACCUAAGGGAAGUGUUGAUUUGGAUGUAAAAGUAAAAAAAAAAAAAAAGAGAGCGCAUUUUGUGACUGGCAUCUCAUAAAAUUUACUUAAAAAGGUGGAAUAAAUUAGGUGGAUUUAUCCAAUACAACAAAUGUGAAAAUGAAAUUGUUUUGUAAAAGGAGUUAAGGCUUCUGUUAAGCUACCACUCUACUAACAGUAUUUGCAUUGAGGAAUUGCAUGUUCGUGAUGUAGUGUAUGUAUAUUGAGAAAAUAUUAUAGUACAAUACUUAAGUAAAUACUGUAGGUAAUUGUUAGUAACAUUCUUCAUUGUUGCAAUGGUUAAUGUACAUA